AUGGACGACAGGGCGGAGAAAUCUAUGGGCCGUUUUCCUUCAAUCGCCGACCUGCCGAACCAAAUCCUGGUCGACAUCAUUUCCCGACUUCCGAUCAAAUCUGUCAUUCUCUGCAGGUCUGUCUGCAAAUCAUUUCUCUAUGUCAUCUCUCAAGACUCCGAAUUCCCCCUCUUACAGCUCUCAAGAUCCACUCCCGAGCUCAUUCUAUGGGCUCCUGGCUCGAACAAGAUGACUCUCGUCGAUUACGACGACGAACAAGCUCACCAGGUCAAAUUCAGGUUCGCCGGACUCUCCACUAUGAAAAUCGUCAACUCCAGCCGCGGCCUGCUAUGCCUGAGACCACGGUAUUACUCCUUCGAAGACGUCUGCGUCUUGAAUCCACUUACUCUGGAAUAUACUCUUAUUCCCAAUCGCAUGACGAGAGAGAGAGAAUUGAAUGUGUGGGUCGGGUUCGGAUUAGGCUACAGUCCGCUGUCUGGUAAAUACAAGGUGAUAAAGUUGACAAAGUCUCGAAAUUCAAUUGGUCAGAAAAGUUUUCUUACGGAUAUUUACACACUGGGUACCCCUCCCUCCUCCUCUUCUUCUUCUUCUUCUCAUUGGAGGAGAAUUGAAAACGCUCCAAUUGAUGAGUUCACGUGCUGUUUUUCAACUUUCCUGAAUGGGUCUUUGCAUUGGAUACAAAAUGAGGGUCGGUCUAUCUAUAAAUAUGAUCACAUGAUUUGUUUCGAUUUUGACAAUGAAACAUAUAAGAAAAUAGAUUUGCCGGGUCCUUUUGAGGGGGGGCAAGAGAGGGAUAGAGUGGAUGUAGUAAGCAUCUGUGUCUUCGAAGGUUGCUUGAGUGUUUGUGUGUUGAGUCCAGAUGAAGAAAGCUUAGAUGUUUGGGUGAUGAGGGAAUAUGGGGUUCGUGAAUCGUGGGUGAGAGAGAUUGUUUUGGAGAUUCCAUACUUUCUUUGGACUGCAGGUUCAUUUCCUGUGAAAUAUAUGAACAGUGGUAAGACAGAUGUGUUGAUUUACGUUGCUGAAUAUGAUUUGCUUACAUAUAACCUAGUUGAGAGGAGGAUUGUGAGGAGAAAUGGGUUUCCAUCUCAGAAUUUUGAAUCAAAAGCAUUUAUUCAUGUUCCCAAUCUCAUCUCCCUCCAGGAACAACUAGUUGAGGUCCAUCACCUCAAGUCAACUAGAAGCAAAACAUGGAGAAGAUGUGAUGGCUGGUCAGUUUCACCACCCUAUGAAGAAAACUCAUCAUUAUCAUCAUCAAGUAGUGAGUACUCUUCAAGGUCUCAAGAAAGCUCAAGUACUGACGAGUUAAUUUCAUCAUCGCCCUAUCAUGAAAGUGAUAACGAGUCAGUUUCUUCACUGUCACAAGAAAGUGAUGAUGAUGAUGAGUCAGUUUCUUCAACCUCUCAAGAAAGCGCAUAG